AUACGCAUGUAAAUGUCUGCUUCGCACUCAGCAGGAAAGAAAAGUCAGUGCCAAUAACGACACAAGCAUCAACAGUUGAUCUCGUCUGGCUGGUUAGUAGCGUAUCUAUCAGACUGUUUACAGGAGAGCAAUGCUGUUAAACAUCUGACCUGUCGUUUUCUCUCUCUCACUCGCCUGUACUGUCCAUGUUGUACUCGGCGCUGCCUAUGUAGACGAAUGGAAGAGCUAAACGGAGAAAGCUCAGGGGAAAAAUCUGCUGAGGACAGAGGCAUCACGCACUUGUCAGAUGAACAUCAUAAAAAAAGGGGCAAGAAUAACUGACAGUGAGGAAGACAGAUUCGGUGGCAAUCCACCAGCAGCGAUCAGUAACGCCGUCUUCGUUGCGCUGUACAUAGAGCAAAUGCCAACUAACUAGAGAUUUGCUGUUAAUAAAAUUGGUGUUCGACCUGCAUGUGCCACAUGUAUAUGCUGCUGUCCGAAGUUGUGAUGCGUGUCCGUCGGUCUCUUCUGUAAUGCGUGCCGGCCAGCUGUUCGCUGUUGUUUUGAUCAACGAAAAUCUAUAUUUCGACCGGAUACCAUCCACUUCGGCAUCGUCGAUCGUGUCACUUCCAGCAGUGACGACAUUAGGAAUUGAAGCCUAUUUUUCAUCCGCUCUCACAUCGUUUUUGUUGUCGCAGCAGCUUGCGCCACUGUGCGUGGUAUCGUAUUUGGCUGUCAGCCGCAUGGUGGAUUGCCUGGCGAGCGGCAGCAGUAGCGAACGGGUUGUGACGACAAUUUGGCAGUAACGACGACUGUGUAGUGUGCACCUGACGACAUUGUCAUUAGACGGCAGCUACUACCAAAGUUGUCGGUGUCGAACGCCCAAAUGAAUGAUCGACGGUUCAGUUUGUCCAUUCGACUAUGUCUCUCUCUCUGUAUGUGUGUGUUUGUCAAGUGGUUAUUAAACUACUAAUUCUGCUAUCAAAGUUGUUGCUGCUGUAGUGGCUGCUGCUGCUACCGACGCUGGGUCUGCUGGAAACUAGUGGCGGUGGGUAGAAGUUCGGCCCAGUUCCUGGGGCAUUACGUCUACAACGAAUCGUAAGGCGGUCAUAGUGGUUUGUGAUUGACUGCCUGGCUAGCUAUAGGGGCUGCGGGCGACGCUACUGACUUCUGUCGGGCCACUGCUGUCCCCACUGCUCACAUCUUCUACCGUUCAGUGGUUGUCUUUAGGUGGUAGUUUCAGCAACGUAUGGCGUGUUAGUACGUGAACGAUAAGCGACACCAACGCAACCGCAGCGAAAUUGUCGUUGCCUGUGGUCGCGGACCAUCGCUUAACGACCGAACAGCAGCUGCGGCGCUAGCUAGCGAUGGCUCGAGUCGCUUGUCGCGAGCUCCUUGAGCUCGUGCACAGUCUUCGGCAGGAACAGCUGUUUGUCAGUGCCGAGAAACGGAAGAUACACCAGCUCAAUGAUGAGGUGCGGCGAUGUUCAGACCGCUUAUUCGAACGAGCAUGGACCGCUCGGCAUCAACGGAUCAACCUGGAUCGAUACAUACUCAGUAUGCAAGACAUUCAGAGUGCUCAUCGAAAGGCGGUGCAACUCGACGGAGUGCACUUUGUUGACUCCUACAAACGGUUAGGCAAUGCUGAUCCACCGGUCAGUGACCUAAUCAAGGCCCUACGAGAGAAUCCCAAAUUGCUUGCGCUCUUUCUCGACCGUUGCGAACAAAUUAAAGUCAGUGCCCCAACUUUGCAACAUCUGAUCAGUGGAGUGAUGAUCUCUCUGUAUGGAGCUUGCCUGCUUUCUGAAGACAACAAUUAUGCUCUUGUACUUCUUUAUGAGCUCAUGCACCUCCAACUGCCCAGGACGGAUCAGCUCCGCCGCCUUCUUCAAAAUGGCUCGUGCACAUUCAGUCGUUGUUAUAAAGCGUUUGUUGAGGCACACCUACCCGCCAAACUAUUUCUCACCUCAGCUCUCAGAAAUGCCAUCAUUCAGGUGCUUGUAAAUGACGACCUCUACCUAGAUAUUGAACCAAAUAGCGCAGUGGUACGAUUCGCCCCUGAAGAACGAAUGCGUCAUUUCGGCCCAGAAGGUACACCACAGUAUGAGUCCAGCCUCCGUACCUAUCGUGCUUGGUCAAUAAGGAAAUUGACCGCUUUGGCACAGCUGUUCCUUGACGGAAUAUCCGAGUCAAUGUUCUGCUUUCCUCCAGCACUGGCAUGGCUUGUCCGCCAAUUCUACGGGAUCAUUCUUGACGAAAACAAGAUUGAGCCACGACAGAUCGCUGUCAUCUGUGCCGACCUCGUCUUUUACUUUUUUAUUUGUCCGGCUAUCGUUAACCCGGAACUGUACGGGGUUAUUGAGGAGGGACUGCAUAUCGGGCAGUGUGCACGUUUCAACCUGAUCCAGGUUGCACGAAUUAUUCAGGUGUUGGCUAUGGCUCGUUACGAACCCAUCGACGAACGACUGGAGGAGGUGUAUCGACACUUCGACAAAGAGCUUCUGCCCAACAUUCUUGAAGAGAUUAUUCGAGGCAGUCAGCAGACGGACCUACUAAGUGACUUGCUAAAUGGGUCAGCCGUCAACACCGAUCCAUCCGUAAAUACGCAGGACAACAGUGGUCCAUUGACAAGGAAUGCCGUUCUUAUAAGUACAGCCGAGCUGCAAGAUUUAGUGUCAACCCUUCAUCAAGUUUUGGAUUUAGAGAGUAACGGCUCAUUGCUCCGCGAAUGGCUACAGCCUAUUAUGGAGCACGUGCCUACACAUUUACCUUUAAAUAUUCAAGGAACGAACAAUCACAAUGGUCACUCGAUGGAGGAUGGAACACUCAAGAUGGCUCUGAUGACGAAGGUCAGCAGAAUGCGUAAUCCUGGACAGAGAGGUUCUCAACACGCGAUUGCUCUGGACGGUUCAUCGAAUGAGACUGCUGAUGAAUUUUCAGCCAAAGACAGUAAUGAUGUUAUUACCGAAGUUCUCGUCGUGUCCUUACCAAACCCAGGUCGACGAGAAUUCCCUGGCGCCAUGCCUGAAGAAAAGGUCCUCAGUCUUGAGCAAAGCAAGCGCAGCGCUACAAAGGUUCGCCUAAACCUUGACAACCUAGAAGAAAAAUCCUCAACAGGCUCAGGAAAACGGACACGCUUCUUCGGGGAUCAGGAGUCAAUUGCCGGAGCGAGUGACAACCUGGAAGCAGGCCUGUCAGAGGCAGCAAGCGUGGCAUCAUCCCUUGAUAUCGAGGAAAAUGCUGACAACUUGUCUGAUAUGGUAUCCGCUAACGUUAGUGGGCCGGGAACGCCCUCAGUUAGCGGGCGCGAUACCCCGUCAUCGCACGGUGCUGCGCCGGUGCCUCCCCAUCCGGCACAAAUUGCCGAGCAGCUUCAAUUGCUACAGGGUGGGGGUAACCAAGCGGAACAGCCGCAGCUAGCAGUCCAGGCUCAGAUACCUACACCAGCCAACAUUCCCUCCCGACGUCGUGCCCCUCCACGUCCCGAAGCUCAGAAACAGAUGGACAUCGAAGACCGCUUUGGACGUUUUGGCAUCAGCAACGGCUCUGGAAUCGGUUCAUCGGUAGCUGAAGAAGAGACAAAGUCGAUGGUAUCCGACACAUGGAGCACCGAUGUUCUUGGUAGCGACUCCGAGGCGCACUAUGGAAGUGGGGCGGGCGGUGGAGUACCCUCCGCACACGAACAACAGUUACAUAUUGAGUCUCACCUGAAUGCGAUGCAGCAGCACAUCCAUGGGCAUCUUUCUCAGCAUAACGUCAAUGCAAUGCAACAACAACAACAGCAAUUAAUCGAGCUAAGUGAGACACAAUCAGAUGCAUGGAGUACAGCGGCAAUGACGUCCUACUCGGAUCUCGACCGUCUUCAAGAGGUCGAUCCCGAAGAUGACUUGUUAAUGAUGAUGCCCUCUGAACGACGCCGCUCCGCCGAAGAUGUUGGAGCAUCAAUGGACGUCGGGCCAGGCGAGCCAGAAAACGGAGCAGGCAUGUUUGUUGGACGGGUUGUAAGGGAUAAUGUAGGGAAUGGAGGGGGCUGUGCUGAUCGGCAAUCGACGCCCACGAAUUUAAUCAAGCUCAAUUCAAAUGAUGGAGAUGAACCUCCGCCACUCAUUGAUGUAGGCGAUAAUGCCUCAGCGGUACGAUUACGAGGAGCCAAUUCACGGCAACAAGCCCUAUCUGGAGUGUCUGCCGAUACACCUCUAGUUGAGACUGAUCCACCCCAACAAGAUGACUUAUUAUCGGGAGCAUUUGCUCACAGUUUGUCGAACGGGUCGGUUGCGUCUUUUGGAAGCUCCACACCGUUUGGAAGUGUCAUUGAGGCUGCAGCUCAGGGUAGCCAGAGUUUGGGUAGGCUAAGUUUCGCUAUGAAAGAACAUUCGCCGUCCCGGGAAAACCUUCUUGACCGAGAUCUCACGCAGUUCAACAACGGCUCGGUCUUGGACAAUGGAAGUUCGGUUGUGGCGGUAGCUCUCCCUGUCAAGCCACAAGGAAGCGCCGACAGCUCCGACGGGAACUCCGAGAGCAGUUCGGAUCUUCUAGGCGGAAUAGCUGGACCUGUGGGUGCUGGCGUAGUAAGCGGACGAAGCAGUGGGCCUGGAUCAGCCGGUGACGACAGCGAGCGGCAGGUGCAAAUGCGCAGCGGGGCCAUCCCAAAAACACCGCGAAUCCAGCUUCAGCAGCAGCAGAUUUCUAGUUCUGAUCGAGCAUCUGGAGGUGGUUCUGGUGCCCGCCACAACCGUCAAUCAGGUGGAAGCGGCCAACGAGGCUUCCUCAGGAAAUUCGGGAAUAUCAAACAGAGUAUCUCAUCUAAAGUAAAAACUCUAGAUCGAAAUUCGGGCUUCCGAAGAUUCACACCAGACUUAGAUAAUGGCGGUACAAUUCAUGAUGAAGCCGGACCUUUAGGAGCGGAUCAUCAAAUUGUAGGAGCUAUGCCAACGCCUACCGUGCAGUUCAUGGACGCAUCAGAAAUUCUUGAAAAAUACCGAGGGAAGAAUCGAGGCGAUGCUGAGGCGCCAGGUGGCGGGCUUAUGGCCGAUAACGCCUCGUCUGUGUCUGGUGGUGAUUUGCUGGAAUUGGAUGAAAGCGAGGCGUCUGAGCAAAGUCCUGAGGAAGUAGCAUUUCUUGACGCAAAACGAAAACUUAGGACAGUCUUUGCUAAUGGCAACAUACAGACCCUUCACUUGGACCGUUCUCGCGUCGAGUUGCUCCUGCUGCUUAAGAUGAUGCUGGCGGAGUCCGUCGGCCUACAGAAUCACCAGCAGACUGCGCAGUUGCAUGAAGCGAUCCGUUGCGUAUCAAAGCUUGACUCUUCGAUGCAAGAACGGGUGCUCUACGCUAUGCGUGAAGACUAUCGCCAGAGAGCGGCGUACGUUUCCUAUCUUGUUCGAGCACGCCAGGGGCUUGAAAGCACUUUAGCAGGACUGCAGACCUUAUUGUCACACGUCAAAAAAGACAAAAGUGUAUCGCAUGGAUAUCUAACGGCGCAAUGCGUCCUGGAGUUUUUGCAGAUCGUUCGACGGAAGGAGAUCGGCCUCAGUUUAGAAGGGCUCGUCUUUGAGUUUAAGGAUCUAGAUGUGUCCGACGAAAAGGCAGUCUUGGUUGAAAAAUAUUUGGAAAGGCUGUACAAGGAAAUGAGCGCACAUCCUCUUUGGCACGCGAGCACUGAAGAGUAUUUAGCAUUAUCGGAAUCCACUCUAGAGCGUCUGGUGAUGGGCAAAUUGUACCUGCAUGCACUUUUCCCCAACGGCGAUAUUGACCUUCAUCGCGACCAGGUUCUCACAGCGCAUAUGCGAAAGCUGGCUCAAGUAAUUACGCCGCAGCACCGGGCACUUCGAAUUCCACGGGGAUAUCUUCUCGAGUGUCCUUGGCCUUCGGCACAGGCUGCCAUUGCUACACUCAAUGCAUACAAAGCUCCCAGAGACAAAUUAAGUUGUGUAUUUUUGUGCUGCAAGACCAUCCUUGACCUUCUUCACUUGGCGAGUAGUUCGGCAGCCGCAGCCGAUGACCUCUUCCCUAUUCUCGUCUACGUGCUCAUUCAAGCAAACCCUCAGUACCUGCUAUCGAACAUCGAAAUGGACGUUAAGCAAUCACUGCGGCCGAAUAUAACAGCAAAAGAACAACAACGAGUAAACCAAAUAAGGAAAGCUGCAAUUUUUCGACGAAAGACGAAGACUAAUAGGCAAAUAGUACAAUUAUAAUAGCUUGAAACGUGUGCAAGCAAACGUCUGUAACAGAUUGUGUCUAUUGUAAAGUACUCUUCGUCGAGCCGACUACGAUGCAACCAGGAUUUUAGAACCUUCCGUGGGGUUGUGAUGGUCAUCUUAAUGAUUGCCAACCAGGGAAUAAUGAUCAUUAUCGUGAUGAUUAAAAACUAGAAGAAGGAGUGGGACUCGAGAGAAUGUACUCGUUGGUGAUAAAUAGAUUCUACUGAAGGUGCAAAAUCAUGAGCAUUUGCCGCACAAGUGUCGACUUCUUGUCAUCACAGAGUAGGUAGCCAUCACAGUAUAAUAGUGAACGCCUGCGCCAGUGUAUAAGCCGACAGUUAUUUAAUGUUUAUUAUUGAGGAAAAAACCGGUUAAAUUAUAAAGCGCUGGGGAACCAACCCCAUCAGACAAGAGGAAGCUCUUUUCAGCCGUGCCAGGUGGGAACAUUUGAGAAUGCUUAUUCGAAAUUGCAAAGAUGCUUCAUGAAACAUUGUUUAUAAUUGAUUAGUGAUACUGAUGGUCUGGGAAAGUGCCGACCGGUUCAUAAUGCACGGAUCGAACAAUAUACGUCUGGAAUGGAAAUGCAACAAUGACGAGGUAGAGUCUGUUAUAGGCAUCUUUUUCACAUUACAACUUUGGGUGAUAUAUACAGAGGAAUAUAUAAAUAUACAUAUAUUAAGAUAUAUAAAAUUCCCAUAAAUAUAUACGUAAAUACAGAUUUAAAAAAAACAGCUGCAUAGAUUUAGGCCAAUAAAAGUGGUAUCUGGCCAAUAUUCUCCAAGUCUGUUGGGAAGAUAUAUUAAAAUGUAAACAAGUGUUGUCAUUGAAGAUAGGUGGAUCGUAUAUAUCAGCCAAGUAUCCAAUAACAACGAUUUAAGCUUUGUGAAGCUUAUGGCACUCAAAGGGUGGAAGAGGGCCACGAUAACUCUAGAUAGUAUAUUCUGGGUAAUGUCAAGUGAUUAGAUAUAAAAGAAUGCUUGAUAAUAAAUUCAAAGCACGCUCACUUUAGAAUAAUAAUAUCCACACAUCGAUGCCCACAUGUUCACCCUUAAGUCCCAACUGUUGAAUAGGGCAAACAGAAAAAGACGAGCUAUAAAAUAAUCAGCACUCAUGUAUACGUAUCUUGCUUGACAAGUUUUAUCAUGGUCAAACUGAACUGUUUGUCAAAUCUUUUUAGUCGAGCGUGAUUAACUUCAAAGCAUAUGAAGGCCCGAAGAAACUAUGUUUCUGAUGUGAUCAAGAAAGAGAUACAGCAACAAGUAUCGUUUACAAGCUGAAACAAAUAUGAAUGGAAAACAUACUAUGAACAAUUUUUUUUGCUUCAUCAUACGCAACGUUUAGCGAAAAAGGGAUAUAUAAAAUAAGCAAAGUAACGAACUACUUUACAUGUACAAGCAAAAGCGUAGAAUAAUUCCAGUGCUAUAAACAUACCAUACUAACGUGUGUCUUAAAGGAAGACCUCGAGCUUCGAAAAAGGCAAAUUUCGAUAAAAUAUGACGGUCUGAGAGGGACUGAAAAUAUAUUAAAACAAUAUACUAGAAUGUUACUGUAUGGGUGAAGAAUGAGUAACGGAAUAGAAGCUUUACUAAAUGAAACAAGAGAGGUGACGCUACUAGG